CCUCGUUUCAGCUGAAUGUUUCAGUCAAUAAAAAACAAAACGCCAUUAUUAAAAAGCAAAUCGCGACAAGAAGCGUUUCCACUAAGACCGAAGAAAAUGGAGACAGUAGGAGAAGCGACGCCGAGAGUCGCCGUGGUAGUUUUCGUCGUCAAAGGAAACUCGGUGUUGUUAGGGAAGCGCCGCUCAUCAAUUGGCGACUCCACCUUCGCUCUCCCCGGCGGUCACCUCGAAUUCGGAGAGAGCUUCGAAGGAUGCGCAGCGAGGGAAGUGAUGGAAGAAACGGGACUAGAGAUAGAGAAGAUGAAGCUCUUGACUGUCACAAACAACGUCUUCAAGGAAGCUCCGAAGCCAUCUCACUACGUCACUGUGUUCAUGCGUGCGACGCUUGUGGAUCCGAAUCAGGACCCGGAGAAUAUGGAGCCCGAGAAGUGUGAAGGUUGGGACUGGUACGACUGGUUGAAUCUCCCGACGCCUUUGUUUUGGCCGCUUGAGAAAAUGGUCAACAGCGGUUUCAAUCCUUUUUCUGAUUAAAUGCUGCUAGAUGUGCAUUUAGUCUAGUGGUAUGAUUAGUUGAACAAAAAAAAAAAAAAAGUCUAGUGGUAUGAUUCUAGCUUAGGGUGCGAGAGGUCCCCAGUUCACUUCUCUGAAUGCCCCUCUCUUUUUUCUCUUUUUAGGACUUAUUUCUAAUCAUCCAGAGGAGAUUAAAGACUGUAUUGAAUAACAUGUUUUUUUUUUUCUGUGCAAUGGAUUUUAUUUAACUUUUUUUUUGUGUAAUGGAUUUUAUUUAACCAUGUUUUGAUUCCGCUACUAAAGAUUGUAUUGCAAAACAUGUGUGUUUAUUUAACUAUGCUUGAUUCAACUACUAAAGAUUGUAUUGCACAACAUGUUUGUUCUA